AUGGGCUUAACUUCCUUUUUGGCUACUUCGGAUAGGGAAUUGAAAGAAGCACCCAAAACCUAUCGAAAAGCCGAAAAACAGUUAGCCAAAGCCCAAAGGAAAGUCAGUCGGAGAAUUAAGAAAAGUAAACGGAGAAAAAAGGCUGUGAGAAUAUUAGCCGUUAAACAUGAAAAAGUAGCCAAUCAAAGGAAAGACUUAGCCCAUAAAUUAAGCCGAGAAUUAGUGGAAAAAUAUGACCUAAUAGCCCAUGAAAAACUUCAAAUAAAGAAUAUGGUGAAAAAUAGAUUGGAAGAAACUGGUAAGAGAGUAGUCGAAGUUGAAGCAAGGAACACGAGCCAAAUAUGUAAUCAGUGUGGAGAAAAACGAAAAGAAAAGUUGAAGUUAAGUCAACGAGUAUUUAAGUGUUCUUAUUGUGAUUAUAAAGAUAAUCGAGACAUCAAUGCUGCCCGUAAUAUUCUAAAACGAGCAGCAUUAAGAAUUAAUGGAAGUGAUUUUGAUAAAUCGCGACAAAGGUUAGGAACUAGCCUUCAAGGAGCAGUGCCAAUAGAUGCU